CUAAAAGCUACCAUGGUCAUGGCUGACCCGAACGCAUGCGGUCAAUGCAAUAACACAUUAGUGUGGUUUUGGUCCAUCAAUGUUCAGGGAGAUUCCACAAGCAGUGACUGGAUGAAUGAAUGUGUGCACUUUGCCGUAACUGUGGUGCUAAUGACAUUGGCACUGCAUGAUCGUUGGGCAGAGGAAUUGCUGCUGGUUGGUCUGGAAAUGGCAUGGACAGUCAACUUUCUCACAUACAAAUCUCAACAAUGGAUCCGCCAAAUACAGAAGGCCAAUGCAAAUGACAUGGCCAGCCAUCGUUGCCAUGCAACUCGCCAGGCUCAAAUUUACGUCCAACUAUCACAGCAAGCACAAAACAGCUUUGAAAGAACAAAAUGUAUGGCUGGGGGGAUGAAGUGA